AUGGCUAUUUCCAAAGAUCUCUAUCCUUCUCAGGAGGAUCUCUUAUACGAGGAGGAGAUUCUGCGUAAUCCGUUUAGCUUGAAGCUUUGGUGGAGGUAUCUGAUUGCUAAAGCUGAAUCUCCUUUUAAGAAGCGAUUCAUUAUCUACGAGAGAGCUCUAAAAGCUCUUCCUGGAAGCUAUAAGCUGUGGUACGCUUAUCUUCGGGAACGACUCGAUAUCGUCAGGAAUCUGCCUGUUACUCAUCCUCAGUAUGAUUCACUCAACAACACCUUUGAGAGAGCUUUAGUCACUAUGCAUAAGAUGCCUAGGAUUUGGGUGACGUAUCUUCAGAUCCUUACGAGGCAGAAGCUGAUUACUCGAACCCGGAGAACUUUUGACCGUGCGCUCUGUGCUCUGCCUGUUACGCAGCACGACAGGAUAUGGGAGCCGUAUCUUGUGUUUGUGAGCCAGGAUGGUAUUCCGAUUGAGACCUCGCUUAGGGUUUAUCGGAGGUAUCUCAUGUAUGAUCCUACUCACAUUGAGGAGUUUAUUGAGUUUCUGGUGAAGUCUGCUCGUUGGCAAGAAUCUGCAGAGCGAUUGGCCUCUGUGCUGAACGAUAGUACGUUUUAUUCUAUUAAAGGGAAGACGAAGCACAAGCUUUGGAUGGAGCUGUGCGAGCUUCUUGUGCACCAUGCGAAUGUUAUCUCGGGUCUCAAUGUCGAUGCUAUCAUCAGGGGAGGCAUUAGGAAGUUCACUGACGAGGUGGGAUCGCUGUGGACUUCUCUUGCGGAUUAUUACAUUAGGAAGAAUUUGCUUGAGAAGGCCAGGGAUAUCUAUGAGGAGGGGAUGAUGAAAGUGGUUACUGUGAGGGACUUCAGUGUUAUAUUCGAUGUUUAUUCAAGAUUUGAGGAAAGCACUGUUGCCAAAAGGAUGGAGAUGAUGAGUUCAAGUGAUGAAGAAGAUGAGAUGGAAGAGGAUGGCGUUGAGGAUGACGAGGAUGUCCGCCUCAAUUUUUCCCUUUCGGUCAAGGAGCUGCAGAGGAAGAUACUCAAUGGGUUUUGGUUGAACGACGACAAUGAUGUUGAUCUGAGGUUGGCUCGCUUAGAAGAACUGAUGAACAGAAGACCUGCACUAGCAAACAGCGUGCUCCUUAGGCAAAAUCCGCACAAUGUUGAACAGUGGCAUCGUAGGGUCAAAAUAUUUGAGGGAAACGCAGCAAAGCAGAUUCUCACAUACACAGAAGCAGUGAGGACUGUGGAUCCUAUGAAAGCAGUUGGGAAGCCUCACACGUUAUGGGUUGCUUUUGCCAAGCUGUAUGAAAACCACAAGGACCUGGUCAACACCAGGGUGAUUUUGGACAAGGCAGUCCAGGUAAACUACAAAAACGUGGACCAUCUCGCCAGCGUGUGGUGUGAGUGGGCUGAGAUGGAGUUGAGGCACAAAAAUUUCAAAGGAGCAUUAGAGCUGAUGAGGCGUGCUACUGCUGUGCCGACAGUAGAAGUAAGGCGGAGAGUCGGUGAUAUAAAGGAUGUACCAGUCCAGAUGAAACUGCAUAGAUGCUUGAGACUCUGGUCCUUUUAUGUUGAUUUGGAGGAAAGCCUGGGGACGCUAGAAUCGACAAGAGAAGUCUAUGAGAAGAUAUUGGACUUGAGGAUAGCUACGCCUCAGAUCAUCUUGAAUUAUGCUUUUCUUCUUGAGGAAAACAAGUACUUUGAAGAUGCUUUCAAGGUGUAUGAAAGAGGUGUGAAGAUAUUCAAGUAUCCUCAUGUGAAAGACAUAUGGGUAACCUAUCUUACAAAGUUUGUCAAGAGAUAUGGGAAGACAAAGCUGGAGCGGGCGAGAGAGUUGUUUGAGCAUGCGGUUUCAACGGCUCCAGCUGAUGCUGUCAGGACUUUAUACCUUCAGUAUGCUAAGCUAGAAGAGGACUAUGGUCUAGCCAAGCGAGCCAUGAAGGUUUAUGAGGAAGCCACCAAAAAGGUUCCAGAAGGCCAGAUGCUUGAGAUGUAUGAGAUAUACAUAUCCCGUGCAGCAGAGAUAUUUGGAGUUCCCAGAACCAGGGAGAUAUAUGAGCAGGCAAUAGAAUCUGGGGUUCCACCCAAGGAUGUGAAGAUCGUGUGCCUAAAAUUCGCAGAGCUGGAGAGAAGCUUGGGAGAAAUCGAUCGUGCUCGUGCAAUCUACAAUUACGCCUCUCAGUCUGCAGAUCCGAGGUCAGACCCGGAGUUCUGGAACAAGUGGCACGAGUUUGAGGUGCAGCAUGGAAACGAAGACACCUAUAGAGAAAUGCUUCGUAUCAAGCGAAGCGUCUCCGCAAGCUACAGUCAGACUUAUUCCAUUCUACCGGAGCACAUGAUGCAGAAGGACAAGAUGGUAGAUGUGGAGGAGGCGAGAGAUGAGCUGAAGAGAGCAGGAGUGCCAGAAGAUGAAAUGGCAGCUCUGGAGAGGCAGCUCAUGGCUCCAACGUCAACCACAGAUGCAUCAAGAGAUGGUGGAAGAAUAGUUGGGUUUGUGAGCGCAGGAGUACAGUCGUCAGGUGCGACUGAGGUGAAACCAUUGACAGGUAAUGGAGAAGAUAUCGAGCUUCCGGAAGAGAGUGACGACGAGUCUGACGGAGAAGACAAUGUAGAGAUCGCUCAGAAAGAAGUCCCUGCUGCUGUGUUUGGAGGACUGGCCAGAAAGAGAGAGGAAGACGGCAAGGAUGCUGAGGAAGGCGGUGAGAACGGUGCAGCCAAGAAUCUGGGUGCGCUUGAGAGGAUAAAGAGACAGAAACUAAGCUCAGUAAAUUAA